CAUAGUCGGUGUCUCCUUCGAGGAGAGAUCGACCUAUUUUUAGUAAUUAGAUUUUAAUAGAAUUUUUUUUACGAGUGUCUUGUUAUUAGAAAACGAAGGGAGAACAAGAUUUAGAGAUUAAACCGUACCGAAGGAUCGUCCGACUCGACGAGAUGGUAUACGGAAGAGGCUUCGAUAUGGUCGAAACAAUGCCACAAACAGUGCCUUCAGCGGCUGGCUACUCGCCGUCGUUCGACUACAGUACCUUUCAAUUCGAUUUGUCUCUUCUUCCUGACGAUUACGGUCUUGCGAAUGCUCAAACAAGCCUAAAACCAACACAGAUCAAGCAAGAAGCUUGUUCUCCUCGGCCCGGUUCCCCGAUUACAACGACGCAAACAGCUACAACCACAACUACGGCCGCUUAUCCGAGCCCACCUUAUCCGAGUCCUGGUGCUGGAGCUUGCGAAUUACCAUUGUCGCCUAAUUAUUCGCACGAAAAUUCCCCGGGAUACCCUACCAGUCCUUAUUACGUUCCAAGAAGUCCUCAAAGUGCACAAUUCUAUCCGACGAGUCCUGAACCCUCUGGCAAACAACCGGUCAAAAGAGAGAAGAGUCUCGACUUGCUUGCUAUUCUUCAGGAAUCAAGACUCUUGGCAGAGAGUCUAGGAUACCGAGAAGAUUCUACGGAUUGUACCGUUCCUUGUACACCACCCAGAACCGAAGAAGAUAUCUACAAUAGCUUAGACGCUGAUUUUUUUGCUAAAAAAGAAAAUACCAGUAGCGUCCAGGGUCAACAUCCGUUACUCAAAGAGAUUCUUUUCAAAGAGGAACCGCGUUCGUGUAGCAACAGUAUUGGUAGUAAUUCUCCUUCCUCGUUGUCGUCGUCGUCGUCGUCGUCGUCAUCGUCAUCGUCAUCGUCAUCGUUGUCGCCGGCGUCAUCGGCGUCAUCGACUGCUUCGUCCUCGCCAGGACCUAUCGAGUUCGAAAGCACGUCGCCUUUACGCGAAUUACUCUUCAAAGGAGUUAGAAAGGACUUCGUCAACAACCCUAAAAUUAACCAGCUCAAAGUAGAAAAACUCCAAGACGAAACAAGCAACCCUCUCGAGAAGGAAGAACAAUUGUUCAAGGAUAAUCAAAAGAGCGAUCAUCAGCUCCUUCGAGAAGUUUUACGCGAUACGAGUUUUCAAAGAAAAUACAAUUUGAGACCAGUCGAUCUUGGUGGCGUUGGUACUGGUUUCGUCGAGGACAUGGAGUCUGGCGAAUGUGUCGGUGAUCUGGCCAGGGAACAGAUAGAGCCUGUCCUUAGUUUGGCGAUUCAACAACUUCAGAAGGACUUUGACAAUACUUGCGUUGCUUUGGGUAUCCAUCCUGAACCUAGACGUUGGAGUGCAGCAGACGUGGCAGCCUGGGUACAAUGGGCAAGAAGACAAUUGCAAUUACCCUCGGUACCCUUGGAAAGUUUUAACGUGGAUGGUGCAACCUUGGCUUCCUUGACGGAAGAAGAAUUCUGCCAAAGAGCACCUCAGUGCGGCGGUAUGUUACACGCGCAAUUGGAAAUCUGGAAAGCCGCGGUUGAGGAAUCACCUAGGAAUACACUGGCAGCCUCUUGGAGUCUCACAGGAGUGGUCCAAACUCCGAGUAAUCCCACUUCAACACCACCAACAUCUGCCGUUAGCAACGUUCCCUCGGUGAACAACGUCAAGGGUUCAACCUGUAGCAUCGAUUUCUCCGAUGACGAGGAUGACGAUUGCGCUAGCGGUCAAACAGGGAACAACGCCAAUGCCGCUAAUUCGUCCGGCAAAAUGCGAAACGGUGGUUCCCAUAUUCAUCUUUGGCAAUUCCUAAAGGAACUUCUUCAGAGUCCAGGGGUCCACGGUUCCUGCAUACGUUGGUUGGAUCGGGGAAAGGGUGUUUUCAAAAUCGAAGACUCGGUUAGGGUUGCUAGGCUUUGGGGCAAACGUAAAAAUCGGCCUGCCAUGAACUACGACAAACUUAGUCGUAGUAUCAGACAGUAUUACAAAAAAGGUAUCAUGAAGAAAACGGAACGUAGCCAGAGACUGGUUUAUCAAUUUUGCCACCCCUAUUGUCUCUAAGAAAAAAAAAACAAACAAAUCCAUAAGAGGGGAGGGAGGAUUUGAAGGGAAGAAAAAUAAGGGCU